GUCCAACACAUUGUGACAGAAACCAGAGACAAGAUCAUGCAGUACAAGAGCAAAAUGGCGGACGAGGCGGACCUGCGGCGGCGUCUGGCCAGUUUGGAGGAAUCUGUCGAACUGCAUGAACACAUGAAGAGACAGGUCAUUCGCUGCUGCCGGGCUCUAUCUGCUCUGGCCGAGUUUGAGAUGUACCGACAGAGGAUGGAAGACUCGCAGCUCUGCACCGAGGCCCAGCACACACAGCGAGUCGUUUCCAUGAGCAGAGAGGUGGAGGAGAUGCGUCGGGACUUCGAGGACAAGCUGCGGACGUUCAGCCAGGCCCAGGCCCAGUUCGAGGCCGACAAGCGGCGAGCGCUGGACGAGCUGAGGUCCACGCACCGGCAGGAGGUGGACGAGCUGCGCAGCAACCAGCAGAACCACAGCGCCACCUCGGCUGAAGACCAGGAGAAGCUGGCCGAGCUUCACAGACAAGAGGUGGAGUCACUGAUGGAGAGGGUGGAGGAGCUGACGAAGGAUAAAGUCCGCCUGGUGGAGGAGUACGAGGCCAAGCUGGCCAAGGCCCAGGAGUACUAUGAGAGGGAGCUGGAGGCCAUGAGGAGGAUACAUCAGCUCACCACAGAGAACCUGCUGGCCUGGAAGAGGACUGAAGUGGAGCUUCGUAAGGAGUUCCAGGCUCAGGAGACGGCGCUGCAGCGUUCUCUGUCCAAGCUGAGGAGCGAGCUCCAGAAGGCUCAGGAGGAGGCCCGCGAGAACCGAGACAAGACCAACCGGCUGCAGACAUCACUGGCCAACGCCGAGGGAACCAUUAAGAACCUGCACAAGCAGCUGGAGGAGGCCGUCCAGGACGGAGAGAUCUGGGUGAUGCAGCUGAAGGACACGGAGUACGAGCUGGAGAGCAGCAGGGAGCGGGUCCAGCAGCAGGCCACCGAAAUCCUCCACAAGGCCAGUCAGAUCGGGUCCUUGCAGGCCACCCAGAUGGCCCAUGAGGCCACCAUCAGGAACCUGGACCAGGAGCAGAGCCGCCUCAAGGAGAAGAUCAGCCGGCUGGAGGAGGAGCGGGAGGCGCUGCACAACCAGAACCAGGCCUCCAACGAACAGCACAAGCAGCAAGUGCUCAAGCUGGAGCAGUCUCUACGCGAGGAGCAUCAGGGCUACGAGAAGGAGCUCUCCAGACUGAGAGCUCACUACGAAGAGGAGACGCUGCGCUUUAAGGAGGCGCAGGUCCGAGCGCUGGAGGAGUUAGAGGAGAAGCACCAUGCCAUGAGGGAGGAGGUGCAGCAGGAGAAGGAGGAGGAGAAGAAGCUCCUCGUUACUAAAAUGAGUCAGGAGUUUGAGAUCAAGCGGCUGUCGCUGGAGGAGCAGCGAGACCGUCUGCAGCAGCAGCUGGACAACCUGAAGGAGGAGCUGACGGCCAAAGUCAACAUGGCCAAUCAGGAGGUGUCCCACCUCCAGGAGAUGGUGAGAGAGGGGGAGCAGAACCUGAGCUCAGCUCAGACGCAGAUCUCCUGCCUGAAGGAAACGCAGGAGAAGCUCCGGAUCGAGCUGGACGCAACCAGAGCCCGGGUCCGAGAGACCAGCAACCUGCUCACCGACCUACAGGAGGAGAUAGAGACCCAGAAACAGCAGCACGAGGCCAGAGUGAUGGCCAUCAGGACCGAGGAGAAGCAGAAGAUGGACAAGAUGGCCGACGACUUGGAUCAGAAGUGGAGAGACGCUCUGCGGGAGGAGGAGCGCUUGUUGAGGGAGGAGCUGACGGAGGAGUACGACGCAGAAAAGCAGGCGACGCUGACCCAGCUGUCCCAGCAGAAGGAUCUGGAGAUGAUGGCGGCCAGGGAGGGCUGGCAGAGGAAGGUGGAGGACCUCCUGGAACAGAUCUCUCUGCUCAAACAGUCCCUGGAGCUGCAGCUCAAUCAGUCGCAGGCGGCGCUCCAGCAGCUGCAGUCUCAGUUCAGCCAGGAGAGGGAGCUGCUGAGCCAGCAGCUCAAAGAGAUGCAGAGGGAACAUCAGCGGAGGGAGCAUCGCCUGCAGGAGGCUCACUGCUGUGCCCUCAGCACCAUGGAGGAGGCCCGGCAGCACCAGAUCAGAGCCCUGGAGGAGCGUCUGAAGCAGGAGCAGAGGGAGGAGGUACACGCUCUGAAGGAGGCCCACAGGAGGACGUUAGAAAUCCUCCGACAGCAGUCGGAUCAGGAGUUGCAGACGCUUCGAUACGAGCUUGAGGAUGAGGGCAAAGCAAAGCUGGCUUCUCUCCGAGCGGAACUGAACCACCUCCACGCCACCGCCAUUGAGCACGUGAAGCAGAUCCACAUCAAGGAGAACAACAUGGCGAAAAGGGAGCUGGAGAAGGCCAUGGAGCACAGCCGCAAGCAGGAGCAGGAGCUCCUCGUCCGGCUGUCCGAGCUUCAAGGAGAGCUGUGUUCCCGUAGCAACCGCAUCACCGACCUGGACCACGAGAUCCACUCUCUGAACGAGACCAUCGACACUCUGACCCGAGAGCUGGAGCUGAAGGGCAAGGAGGUGCUGCGGGUCCGGAGUGAGGCCAACCAUCAGAUAAGAGCCCAUGAGCAAGACCUCGGAAAGAGACACGACAGAGAUGUGGAGGAGCUGAAAAUCGUCCACCACAGAGAGACGCAGAUCAUGCUGGCCGACUUCAACAAGGCCCAGGAGGUCCUCCGAGACAAGAUCUCUGCUCUACAAAUCAUACUGGAGGGAACGGAGGAGAAGCUGAGGAACAGGGAGAGCCGUCCAGAAGACCUGCACCUCAUCUCGGAGCUCAGAGAGAUGGUGACAGAAAGAGAAGCUCUGGUCAAGAAGCUGGUGGACGACAAGAAGUUCUACCAGCUGGAGCUGGUCAACAGAGAGACGGGCUUCAACAAGGUCUUCACGUCUAGUGCCAACGUUGGGGUCAUCAACCCUCUCAUAAAGCCUUCCUGAAGCCAACGCUGCGACACCAUGCGACCCUGGGGCGACGGAGGUCAAGGGUCUCGCUAACGACGAAGAGCCGAACUUUGAGUUCUUCACUUUCUGACCGGCAAAAAAAUCCCCAUCCCAAUUCUGUCCAGAAACAAAUAAAAGAGGAAACGAGACAGGAAGCUAAAGGUGACGGGUCCCAUUUGAACCUUAGGGCUUCCAGACAGCGUGAGGAAGAGGAGGGCUUCGGAGUUCUUCGUCACAACCCGACUGUUCAACAGCAGGAGCUACGAGGCAGAGACUUAACUAACGUCGGUCAUCGUCCGCAGGUGAACCACCGGAAAUGAUCGUUCCACUUUAAACUUAGCUGACGCUAAUAAAACAUCAGAAUCGGAUUCUGUGAGGAAGUCCCACGCUUCGUCACGAGUUCUUUGAAACACUGAAGACAAAACUAAAACGUUAAAUAAUGUUUCUGUUGAGCUGAUUCUUGUUGGUGCAUCAAACCGUAACGUCUGCUGCAGACUAGAGCUGUCAUUUCUAUCCCGAAACCAGUUCCGCUCCACCAGGAUUCGGACUGG